AUGUCAACCCAAGGGGAUCAAUCUGAGAAGCCUGUUGAGCGCGCUAUACAGUCGAAACUGACUGAGCUCUUGAAACCGUCAGCUCUGACCAUAACGAAUGAUUCAUGGCAACAUCGGCACCAUGCUCCAAUGCGCGCGCAAGGCGCCACGAAUGGAGAAACCCACUUCUCGGUUCAAGUCGUCUCGGAGGCUUUCAAGGGAAAGUCAACGAUGCAGAGACACCGUAUGAUCUACUCUGCUUUGGGAGAGGAGUUCGCGAACGGGCUGCAUGCGCUCUCAUUGACGACCAAAACACCUACGGAGUUACCCGCCGACAUGAGCGAUGGCAAUUGA